CCUCUCACCGUCAUGGCUCAGCCGACGGACAACCCGUUCGCCGCUCGCCUAGGUCCAAAUGCCGGGCGCGGUGUCAGUAUCACUCUGCGUCCUCCAGGACAGCGUCGAUUCUUCUAUGCCACGUCGGCGUCUCCUUCAAAAUCCUCACGCAAUGCCCGGACGACCCGACCUUUGCCAGCGGGAUGGCGAGUCUCCAAGUACGGGUACGUUCUGCGCCCCGGCGAGGUUGAUUUCUUUGAAGAGGAGGAUAAGGCCGAGGAAGCGAGGAGGAGGGCAAAGGAGAGAAGGCUUGUCCGCCUUGCCGAGGCGCGGGAACAGCGGGCUCGAGCGCGCGAUGACAACGAGAGGCAGCGCUUAUUGGACGAGCAUUACCCGCUUCCGCCUGCUGAGGCUGCGCGGUAUUGGGAGCCAGGAAUCACCGAAGCCGAGCAGCACCGUCGCCUCGCUAACUGGCGCAAGCGCUAUUUUCACAUCGUGGUUCGCUUCCGCUGCGAUCCUCAACUGUACGACCGGUACCGCCACCACUACCUACCCACGGAAGGCCUCCUCGACCCUAUACACGACCGUGCUGAACUGGAUAGACUUCGACGUACGUUAUUUACUUGCGGUCAAUCCACUACUGGCUUGUCUCGUCUAGCUCGUCUUCGUGCAGAAAGCCAAUCUUCGUCUAUUUGAAGAACUCGUACAAAUAAGUACUGCUUUGCUUAGAAUCAAUCCUAUCUUCUCUAUAAGAA